CUUCGACUCUCAAAAAACAGACUCGUUUUUCAUUGUCAACUACCUGUCCGCGAUGAAUUGGAACCCGAAGCCAGGCAGCUCAGCCAUACCACCUCCCUCUUACCCACGGAGGCAGUCCCCCUCCCUGGAGCAACCCUUCAGAAGCCCCCUUGGCAGCGCCCCUCAGAGUUCUUUCACUUACCCUGGACAGAACCCUGAAGCUGGCGUGUUCCUUGGCAGCUCAGAAACUGGUGCACAGCUGUUUGGCCACCCACAAGUCCAACCAAGAAAUUAUGGCACCACAAACAUGCAGAGUGGGACCAUGUUGAUGUCCCAGACCUCCGUGGAAAAGGUGACAUACGCCGGCAUCAGAGGGUCCAGACACUUGGACCACAACAUGCAGGUACCCGCAGGCCUUUCACACAGCACUUGGGUGAACCCAGCCCCGAGGAGCUCCGCAUUGCCACACCAGGGAACCAGUGGGACAUUGCAGAGCAGCUUCAGGAUGAAGGCGCCCAACGUGGUCAAGGCCCUACAGAAUCAGUUUGUUACAUCUGACACAUACCCAAUGCAGCUACAGAUGCCUGUGAGCUCCUCACACACUCCCGUGUCAUGCCAAGGGAGCUCAAGACUGAAUCCCCCAAGUGUGCCGGAGUUCCCAGGCCACUGGACACAACAGCCGCAUACGCCCAGUGGUCUGGCUUGCUCAGAAUACAGGCUUCCUCAGCAGCCAUACACUUACCCUUCCCCUAGCUUUGUGCCAGAGCCCACUCUCCAGAAACCAAAUCCUUUGCCGUCACUUAUGUCGCCGGUCAGAAACACGCACCCUUCAGCUGCUGGCCUGCCCUUACAGACCCAACAGUCAGUACCCCGGCAGCCGUUUCCGUGCACAACUGCUCAGCCAGAUGCAAGAGUCACCUCUUACAGCUGCAGCUACAUGGGCCAGCCCGUGCCAAGUACUCAGCAGCUCCCCAAGCACACAGUGGCAGAGCUGCCCCAGAGCCAGGAGCCUCACACACCUAGCAAGUUCCGGCCCAUAUGGCCAAAGCAAUGUGAAAAUCUCGGCACACUCGGGAAUUUCUGCAGUGUGAAGGUGAAGAGCAACUCUGCGGAGUCUUUCUAUGAACCCACGAGGGCCUCUGUGUCUGGUAUGCACACUGUGCCACACAGUCAGGAGAAGAGAUCGGCUGCUUGUGUCCUGCCUCCAAAUUCACCAGUGGACACAAACGUUACCAAAGAAAAGCUUGUGAGAGAUAUUAAAACAUUGGUAGAGAUAAAAAAUAAGUUUUCAGAACUUGCCAGGAAAAUUAAGAUUAACAAGGAACUCUUGGUGGCAGCUGGUUGUAUUAAAACAACGAAUAUGUCUUAUAAUGAUUCAGCACCAAAUUCUGAAUCUGCUCCGAAAGAAACUGACAAAGUUUCUUCUGGGUCUCUGCUCAGCCUCCUCACCACAGAGAUCUCUGAGAACAAAGAACUUGACCAUACCCAAGGCACAGCCUUGAGUCCCGGCACCCUGGCCCCCAGCUGCAGGAAGUGUGGUGCCCUGGGCUCUGGCCUACACAACCCUCUCUGCCCUGAGAUGUUGCCAGUGUCAGCUCACGGUCAAGGCCUUGUUCAAGUUCAGACCUCCUCACAGACACCUACUGUUGAAAGAACCCAGUUGUCAGGAAGCAACACCUCGUUUUCCUUGGGAAGUUCGCUCAGCAUUGAACAGAAUGCAUCAGCAAAUUUAGAAAUGCCCUUAGCAUUUCCUCCACAGUCCUCAGGGGAUUGUAUGGCCAAGCAUUUGCACAAACACCCUAUCAUUCUCAGCCUGCUUGAAGUUGGGGAUCAUGCGGUGCCAGAGAAACUGCUAAAAGAUGCUCAAGAAACACUUCAGAAUUCAAAACUGCCUGGUUCUGAAGCAAGACCCAGAGUCCCAGUCACUGGUCAGCAACUGGAUUUGAGAACCCCAGAAGCACCAGGCCCCCACAAUAAAAGCAGAAUGGCCAUAGACCAGGCCCUCCCACUCCCGGUUUCAGCGAGUGGGGGUGUUACAAACAGCGAGAGGCCCUGUUCCAUGGAUCUGCUGGCCACCUGCCUCUCCCUGUGGAAAAACAGCCCUGUGGAGCCUGCCAGGGAUGUGCCUCGGGAAGACCCUGGGGCCACCCUGGCAGCCUCUGGAUCCUGCAGCCAGAGUGGACUUGUGGCAGGGGGUUCUGUGAGCACGCUGGCUAGCAGUUCCCAGGACUCGGUGCAUUCUGUGGCCCCCCAGAACUAUGAACCCCCUGGCAUGACUAUGAGCAAGGGGACAGAGCUUCAGGUUGCUGUGGUGACCCCACUGAUCCUCUCCAGUGCCAAGUCCUUGGCUGUCAAAGGAACUUCCCCCGAGACAGUGUACCCCAUGAUCAAAGAAGACAGUGUGUGCAGCCUGCAGAUUUGUCUGGCGGAGGAGAUAGGGGGCCCUGCUGCUCUAAAAGUGAGCUUGGAGGAGCCCACAGCAGGGGUUGCUUCAGGCACUGAUUCCCCAAAGGUCAGGACUCCAGAGAACUCUGAAGAUAAGUCCUAUCUCUGUCCAAGAAAGCAGGCCCAGGCUGACUCUGGGAGGCCCCUGCCUGGGGACAGGGAUGGGGAGAGAGCAAGUGAGGACAGUCUUCAAAUUGACAGCAUCUGCUCUCUGGUAAAAGGGGACACAUCGUACAACCCCCAGAUUGCAGAGAUAUUCGGUGCACCCCUUUGCCCUGUGGAAGAGAGGCAGGAGCAGCCUGAUAGCCUUGCUGAGGACAGAGGCAAAGGCAUACAGGAGGUUUCAGUGUCUGGCCAAAUCCCACAGUCGUCAGAUGCUCCACAGUCCCUGGAACCACCCUCUCAGCACCUCCCAGAAACAGAACUGCUCCAAGCCCCUUUGCAUCCUGAGAAUGGAAACUGUACAGCCACAGAUGCCAAUGGACUAGAGUGCCACAUGGAGAAAACUAGUCUGGCCUUGGACCCAGGCCCUGUGACUGCUGCUGAGGAUGGGCCCAGCGAGGGCACAGCCCCAAGUCCCACUGAAGGGGAGUCUCCUGAGGAGGAGACACCUGUCUUAUACCUCCAUGACCAGCUGUCAGAGCUUUUAAAAGAAUUUCCCUAUGGUGUUGAGCCUGUGAACACUUGUGUGGCGCCAGAAUCUUGUCACCUUCCAGGUCAUGCCACUGUAAAGCCGGAUGAGAUGCCCACGGCAGCUGGCCAAAUCCAGAUCACCAUCUUGAACUCCGAGCAGAUGAAGGUGCUGUUUCCUAAGCAGGACCUGCAGGAACCAGACUGUGAGGCUGAAUCCCCAAAAAGGGAGCUUGAGUCUGAAGAUGGGGCCCCUCCAACUGCAGGCAGUGAGGAUGGGUGCACCCCAGCCACAAGCAGUGAGGAUGGGGGUUCCCCAGGUAUAAGAAGUGAGGAUGGGGGCUCCCCAAGUGCAGAUAGUGAGGAUGGGACUUCUUUGAGUGCAGGCAGUGAAGAUAGGGGCCCCCAAACCACAGGUUGUGAAGAUGGGAGUUCGUCAGCAACAGGCAGUGAGGAUAGGGUUUCCCUGGGCACAGGCAGUGAGGAUGGUAGUCCUCCCACCCAGAUUAGUGCGGAGAUCCAGGGGGGCCCUCCAACCCAGGCCCAGGGGGAACAGAGCUCCAAGAAGGACUUUCAGAAGGACGAUAUGCCAUGUUGCGCCCUGGGUUGGCUCUCUGCCAUCUAUGAAGGGGUACCCCAGUGCCAAUGUUCUAUCUCUAAGGUCAGAAGCACAAAACCCACCAAAAGGAAGAGUGGACGCCCCCAUUCCUCCCAGGAGACCCUGAGUCACAAGCAGGGAGGAUUCUCAAAGAAUGACAGCUCUCUGGUUCCCCCAGAAAAGAAAAGGCCCUUGCUGGGGCAUCCUGGUAAGGACAGGGACAGAGUCAAGGCCAGGCCCUGUACUCAAGGGAAGAAUCAGCAGGCACUACCAGCCCAGCACUUGCACUCUGAAUCCAAACAGCCUUCGCCCAGGCACCCAAAUGUAGGAAAACGGCUCACCAGUGAGGUGUACUUGUCACCAAGCAGCGCACAGGCCAGGAACUCUGUGGAGAAUCGGCCUAGGAAACACCCUGUGCCCAGCCUGCAGCCAUCCAAGGCCGAGACAAGCCUGCUAUGCCAGAACACUCAAGAGCCACUUCCCCCGGGACCAAGGAAACUGAUCCCGAAGGCGCCCCUGCCUGGCUACAAAGCCUGGGAUAAAAGGAAGUUAGAGGAGGGGGCUGCUCUCGACUCUGCCACCAAGAGGAGGAAGAUAGACAAGCCAGAGAAGGGCCGGGGUGUGGGGAGUAGCAGCUCAGGAAAGCCUUGGGGCUCUGAGAGUCUCCCCAAGGAGCAGCGGCACAAGAAGGAACUACAGGAGAAGGCCUCGGUCUCAGCAGAUGGGUCUCCAAAAGCACAGAGGUCCAUGUCUCCUGCUCCCAAGCACAAACACAGGGAAGCCACAGCAGCCAAAGCAUCGAGGAAAGACCCCAGAAAGGUAAGGCCCCGAGAAACACAGCUUCUGUUCCUUGGCAAACCUGUUCCAGUGCACACGAGGCCCAGAGGCCCCAGGCCAGCCCUUGAGGAGGCCUCCAGGGCUUGUCCCAGCUUUGGGAAGAGCCCUCAGCCUCAGCACUCUCAGGAAUCCAGGAUGCAUGGUUCUAGGCCUGGAAAGCCAAAAGAGCGCCUGCGGACCGAGAAGAACCAGAGCCACGGUCACUUGGGCAGAUCCAGGCUGGCAGGGGCCACAGGCUCAAUGGCACCCCUGGCCAAAGACCACAGAAAGCUGUACCUGAACCGCAUAGGAUUCCAGUGCACAGAGCGUGAGAGCAUCUGCCUCACCAGGUUGGACCCUUCGCCCCGAAAGCCACACAGAGAGGAGAGUUCUCGGAAAGGUGCCCCCUCCAUGAAGGAGGGCACCGAGCCACCAGGCAUGCUGGAGUUCAAGCUGUGCCCAGAGGUCAUGAUCCCCAAGGCUGGCCACAAAGACGAGCAUCCGCUGUUGAAGCAUGGGCCACGGAAGGACCGACUGCCCACCCAAGUUUCAGGAAUCAAAACUAAGAAGGAAGACUGGUUGAAGUGUGUGACCGAGGAGAGGAAGCUGCCUGACGCCACACAGGAAAUGGGCAGCAGAGCUGUGACUGACCCUAGACCGCCCAAGAGAACCCUGAGUGCAGACGGCAUUGAUGGCAUCCAGAGACGACCCGCCAAGGACUUCAAGGCCACGUUCCAAACCUAUAAGAAGAUGUACAUGGAAAAGAGGAGCAGAAGCCUCGGCAGCAGCCCUCUAAAAUGAGCUUGAAACUCCCCCAGAACAUUCUGCCAUGGGGCUGUGCCCUGCCUGGACUUCAGAUGACCUUCGAGGGUGCCAUGAGUAGUGACAUAUUUGUGAGCCUGGUGUUUUGACAGUAGGUCUAGGUCUGAAUGUGUUCUUUUUGGUUCCCACGACUGCACUGACUUCACCCACCCUGCUGCACCUGUGGACAUGCUUCCUGUUGGCCUGGGAGGAGUUCCUCAGCACUGGGGCUGUAAAUAUAUUUUUGCUUCUGAAACAUAUUAGCAAAGACUUAUUUUUCAGACAUUCCCACUGUGACCGUUGAAAGUAUAUUCUAAGGAUUUUGUAUUUGAUUGUAAAGUUUUUGUCAGAUGUCUUGUUUUUUACUUGUUAUACUGAACAUAGUUUUUGGAUGUUGCAACGUGACUUUUCAUACUUGAAAUAAACCUUUAUUUUUUAAGAAAAA